GCUGCACAACUAUAGCCCCGGACACAUACACACAGGGAGAGAGAGAGAGUACACCAGGGAGAUCAGCGUUACAGAGGUUGCAGAGUGCUGCGUCGUUGCAAAUAAUCAAACGUGUACGCGACUCUUCCGGCAGGUUACCCCCGACCGAUCAGCUGCCGAUCAGCUGGAACGCCCUCCCUAAAUUCAGUGCAAACGUACCAGUGUAACAGGACCAGUGCAUUCUCCAGCAAACCAACCCACACUAGACAGUGUUCAGUGGACGGCCGCCGCCAUCUGUGCGUUUAGUGGCAAAGGCAAGUGCGUGUGUGUGAGUGUGUGUUUUGUGGUAGUUUUGAAGAUUCCUUCCGAAUAGCCGGCUGCUGCAUAGCGAUCUCCGGGCGUUCAUCAUCGACCAGCAGCGAUGGCCACGCUGCUGUACACGAUCAUCGGCAUGACGGCUUCGGCCUCGCUCAACUGUGCGGUGCGGCGCGAAAUAUCGCCCUGCACCUGUUCGCCCGGUCUGUUCGCGAACAACAUCGACGUCAAGUGCGAGCAGAUGGAAUCGUUCGGGCAGGUUGUCAACGCGCUCCAGGAUCGGUUCACCGAGGAUCACAACAUCUGGCUGACGAUUUCGCACUCGCAGCUGCUCGAUCUGGCCGCACUAUCGUUUUGGGAGAUGAACAUGAACAUCAAAUCGCUCCGGAUAAACUUUGACAAUCUGAGUCAGCUACCGGCCUCAUCGUUCCGUAAUUUACCCCGGUUGGAUCUGUUCAGCGCAGCGGACAAUCUGCUCGAGGAGAUACCACCGGACAUGUUCGAACAGAUGCCCAAUCUCGGUACGCUCGAUCUAGCCCGCAGCCGCAUCCGCUACAUCUCGGGCGACACCUUUCGGUAUCUCCAGAACCUACGCCAUCUGUUCAUGGGCAACAAUCAGCUGCAGCGCAUCGACACGGACGCCCUGCCGAAAACGAUCCACUCGCUGCAGCUCAGCGUGAACCAGCUGCGCUCACUGAACGGUAGCAUCCGGCAUCUGGACGAGCUGAAGCUGCUGCUGAUCAACGAAAACAAUCUCACCACGCUUGACGGUGAGUUGCCGCUCGGUUCGCCCAACCUGAUCAUGAUCACGGCACAGCACAACCAACUCGAGCAGCUGCCCGCUGAGCUAAGGUUUCUGAAGAAUCUGGACAACCUGUGCGUGCCUGGCAAUCGGUUGCGCUCGCUGGAUGGGCUGCUGGCACGUGCCACCCACCUGACGAAGCUGCUCGCCCAGGACAACCAGAUCAGUGAGCUGCGCAGGGACGAGUUCCUGGAAGCGGAACGGCUCGAGGAGCUGAAUCUCGCCGGCAACUGGUUGGCCCAUCUGAACGGGUCGCUGCUCAACUGCAAGGGGCUGAUCAAUGCAAACUUUAGCGAGAACCGCCUGCAGCAGUUUUCCCUACAGGAGGUGGCCGGCCUGCGCAAGUUGCGCCUGCUCGAUCUGUCCCACAACCGGAUCGAGGUGCUGAGCGGUCGGAUGGAGAACAUGAUCGACUCGGGACUGAUCAUUUCCGAACUGCGGCUGAACAACAAUCGGCUGCGUUCGCUUGACGGUGCACUGAUGGGGUUGAACAAUCUGCGCAUUCUGAACGUGGCACACAACGAGCUGCAGACGAUCACACCGAACGAUCUGAUCGGCAUGGAGGAGCUAGAGCGGCUGGAUCUGUCAUUCAACCAGCUCAAGACUCUGGAGGAACUGUCCAAGACGUUCCUGCCUUCGCUGGAAACAAUGAAUGCAUCCUACAACCAGCUGACGACAAUGCACAAGGACUUCCACGGACUGCCUGUACUGUGUGUGGCGGAUCUUUCGAAGAACAUGAUCCGAGAGCUGUCUGUCGAUCUCGUAUCGAACACGCGCUGCAGCAACCAUGGCGUUCCGAAUCGGUUGGAGAUCUUCCUCGAUGAAAAUCCCGUCCUCUGCAACGAAUCGCUACCAGAGCUGAUCAAUCAGAUGGAGUUCUAUCACACGCGUCUAAACGGUGUAGCGCACUGUAUCGUGCCUCAGCAGAUGCCAGUAGAGACACCGAUCUUCAUCCAACCACCGAUCGCCAUGCUGCAGCCGCUGCUGAAACCUCAAGCCCCACUCGUACCAUCGAACGUCAUGAUCCAGCCACCGUCGAUCGUGCAGAUACUCGUCCCCUCGACACUCGUCAUGCCAGCGACCGCCGUUGCCCCACAACCACCACCCCCACCAUCUGCAUCGGCCACGCUUUCGAUGACUGGCCCUAUCACACCGAUUCUACCCGCCAGUGUCCCGCUCACCCUUGCCACCGUCGCACCGAUACCGAUCCUCUACGAAACUUCCACCAAUGCGCCGGCACCGCCACCACCAGCCUUCCAUCCACCGAUCGGACCAUCCGGUGUCGUCAAUGCGGGUGUGUCUCUCUCCACCAGUGGACCUUCGCUUCAGAACAGCAUCCCACAGACGCAUCUGCCGGAUCUGCCCGCGAAUGUGGACGACGACGAGCUGGACGAUGAGCCGGGUGUCAGUGUGCUCACGAUCCCGCAGCAACAGCCGUAUGAUGAGCUCAAGUACGAAACCGCUCCGGCCCAGGAGGAAACACACGAUCACCAUACCGGAUCGGUCGGUUCCGGGUCGGGACAUACGCUUCAUGCCGAUAACAACGACAUUGGACGGUCGGCAGUUGGCCCGAACGGUGGUGACCCAGUGGAUGGGUCGAUCACGCCCAGCACAACAACCACCACCACCAUGCAGACCAUCCUGGAGUUUAAGAACCUCAUCCACGACGGUAGCUCUUCUUCGUCCGCCAUCUUGGUGCUACCACCGGAGGUCUUGCCGUUGCCGCUGGACAAAGCGCAAGGGUUAGCGACCGAACCGGAGGAGGAACCGCCAGAAACGCAACAGGACCAGAACGUUGAGUUGGAAAGUGAUGUGCAAUGAAGGAGAUCACCCCUCUGAGGUUGAAGGUUAAGACAUCUCUCUGAAAGUUCGUGUUUGUGGGGGUUGGGGACAGUUUCGUUAGGGGGACAACAUCGAAGAGAUCCGAGAAGCAAACACCGAACUCUGCGUCCUGCUGGUGGUUAUGUUUUGCGUUGAGGUUUGUGUUCUGUGUUUAAGACGAAGCUUAGGAGGGCAUUUUAGGGCCAGGGCUGUUUAGCUUAGAACGCUAAUGACUGAGAAGAUUUCUAAGCAGAAGAGAGAUGAAGGGCCUUUCAUUGGACAUCGUAAAGCGGUCCUCACAGAUAGACAUUGAGUGGGUUUUGUUGAGGAUAGCAAGGAGGGAGAACAUCCACAACAUACUCUCCGGGUUGGAGACUACUUCCGGUUGGGAAUGUUUUCCUUUCCUUUCAUUUUGUUUUUUUAUUUCUCGUGUUUUCCGUUUUUGCCAUUCGUCAUGACCACCCAGUAGACCGUUUUUGUUAGUAAAUUGUGUGUGUUGAACGUGUGUGAGUGUACGUAUGUGUGGGAUUGUGUGGUUGGAAGUGUGAGUGUGGCCAUGUGUUUAUUUGUUUGUACGAGUUUAAUCAUCAGUAUCAGCGAGGAAAAUUAACAAAAUCAGAUCAACAACAAAAUAUUCAUGUACCAGCUUUGCUCCAGUGAAGCUGCAUUUGAUAUAUCCCUUCAUGUAACGAGAGAAAGAGAGAGAAUGAGAAAGAAACCGAGUAGGAGAGAUAGAUAGAGAACGCUGCGCAAUAUGGCUGCUGACUGUGGGGAAUUGUAGCUCUAUUCCUAUAUGCAAUUUUGUUUGACGUGCCAUUUUGAAUGCAUAUACAAAUAUUCUGCUUGCCAUGUAAGACGCCUAAGGGUUAGGUUUAAUAAUAAUAUUUCUUUUGUUCAGUUUUGAGGGUUUCUGAGCAAGUUUUUCAGUUUUGCUUUCAGUUUUUCAGUUUUGAAUUUGCCCUAAUUUUGUUCACUUUAAACAGGCUUUGGUUAGUAGCUAAAGUCAGAUAGAAAACAAAAUGGAAGUUUAUGAGGAAUCGUUACAAGAGGUAAUAGCAAAGCAGCCAAUUUGUAAAACAGGUGGAAAUAACACAGAACGACACGGAGAAAAACAUGAAGAUUAGCGAGACGAUGAACAUUUACAGCCCCAGUUUGAGCAAUGGCAACUAAAAAUCAUCAUUUGUACUGUUAAUUGAUAUUUCUAAUAGUAAUGGUAUCUAGUAGCGUAGGGAUAUUAAUGAGUUUAAUAUAAUAAUAAUUAUUACUAUUAUGAAUGCAGCACGCGCACCACUAUCACGUAGAGUACACUACGGUGGUACAUUAGAACUUUACCAGAAUGUAAAACCACGAAACAAACCCCAAAAACAGAUGCCGCCAAGGAAGGAGGUGUGUGCCACUGGCGGUUUGGGAGAAAUGCUAUUGUGGUAAAAUUGUAAUUAUUAGUGUGGUUUUAGAUGAUGCGUUUUACUUUUUUGUUUACUUUUAUUCGUUUGUUUAUUUUGUUUUGUUUUGUUUUUUUUUUUUUGGUAGUGAAGUUGAACAACACUUCUUACGAUACAACGAACGUCGAGUUUGCUAAACUUAGUAUUGAAAAGAGCAAAACAGCAACGCAUGCAUUGCAAGUCUUAGUAGUGCAAAUUCAGUAGCGAAUCAAAACUCCCAUUGCAUAGGCGAAUGUGUGACAACUAUCAUUUCGCAUCAUAGCGCUUCUUUCGAAACAAAAAAAAACUUGAAUUUAAUUGCAAAUAAAAAGUUAAGAAAAACAAACAUCCGCAUCGUUUUGCCGUGUUCUGUUUGAGUUGAAUUAUUGAUAAUUUCACCACACACUUCACUGCAGUUUUACCCCUGGUGGGUUCACAACGGUGCAUUUCCGCGCCUGUUUGACAGCCUGCCGCGGAGAAUGACAGCCUGCCGCGGAGAUUUGGCAGGCGACCGCGGCCAAGUGGCAUACAAGUUAUACGCGUUUUCUGCGGUACCGCGGAAAACGCGGCCCAUGUGAAGACGGCCUAACAUUGACAGCUACAGCUUCUGCAAUAAUUUCAAUUGGAAAACCUGGUUUAGGUCUUGACUAUUGGUUAUUGUACUUAUUCGAGAUUAGGUUUACUUUUUUCAUUAAUUUAACAGCUGUUUUGCGUUGCGUCUUCAAUUGGGCAACCAACCCAAACGCACAAAAAUUUAGUUUUUCGUGCGUUGGGGAAAUAUUACAAGAUCACACACGAGUAAAGCACAUUUGAGUUUU